GCUCCGUCCGCGUUCUGUCCGCGGCUGCGUGUGGUUUUGGAGUCGUGGGCCCUCGGGGGAGGGCAACACGGAGGAGUGAGCCAAUCAUCCCCACAGGUGCGGGGGAUCGGCGGAUUUGAUUGUGUGCGAGAGUCUGAUGCCCUCGGCCAAUUUCGAGGCACAGGCCUGCCAGGAGGCCAUAGCCACUGAGCGUCGUCGCUGCGCGCGGCUCUUCGCCCUCAUGGGUGUCUCUCGCGAGGCUGCCGACCUGCGAGCAGAGGUGUUCGAGACGCUUGCCGAUCAGUGGGAGGGUCGGCGGCAAGAGUGCAGGCGGAGACGCGAGGUCACCAACUUCGUCCGCGUCCUGACUGCUGCGGCGGUUUACGCUGCCAGCGGCGGAAGCAUUCUGGCACCCGUGCUGGCCAACGUGGCAGUGAACGACGGCGUGCUCGGCAUUUUCACCGGCAAGUCGUGGCCGAAGUAGACUCCCCGGGCGCCUGCCGGGGCGAGACCAGCGCCGCUAUGCCCACGCAGGCCGGGGAGCUACUGGCGUGGAGCGGAGCAUGUGAGCGGUCUCCUUCUCAUGAUCCCACCGUGCCCAGACAUCCCAUCGCACGUCUGUGUGCCCCUGCCUGCGCCGGGCCUGCGUCGCCCGCCCGACUGGGCGAGCGCGCCCCUGUGUCUGAGGCGCCGCAGCGCGCCGGCGGAGAGCUGAGCCUCGAGGCCUCCUGACGCCGUGCCGCCUCCUUCCUCGGCUAAACGUUGGCCCCCGAGAGGGCGCGGGCAGGGGGCGCGCCCCCUGAGGAG